GGGCAAUGAAAGACACCCCCCCCCCCGUUUGCCCACAUUCUCAAUGGAGAAGGGGAUUCAAACUGCAGGAAGAGAGAUCCUGCCAAUCAUUAGGAAGAACUCCCAGACUGUAAACAACAACACCUGGGCAAAGGAAGAAGUUCUGAUGGGCACAGAUGUCCCUGAUCCCUUCACAACAACCCUCUUCUCAGGUAUAUAAAUAAAACAUUUGGGAUAUGUUUACCCAAUCUCCAGACUCUGCUAUGGCAUCAAAGGACUAAUCCGGAACCUCUGAUCUUUGGAGCGGAAGGGAAAGAUCUGCCAGAUCCCCACUCCUGAAUUCCUGACAUUCAAGGCUGCAAGCAGAUAUCGAGGAGACAAACAUGCUUUGAGUCGGCUGUGUAUUUCACCGAGAAGGAGUUGUGUGUCCUGUGGGCUCUGUGUGUAGAAGUCACAAUGGAGGAUUGUAUCAGCGUGGCCUCUCUGGGAUAUAAUAAGCAGAAGAAUGUGAACAACAGGGAGACAGCUGUGGCAUCAUGGGAAAUAACAGAGCCUAUUAUGGAAAAACAAGAGUUUGGAAAGCGAAAGGGAAUGAAGACACAAAGUAGAAUCCAAGUGAAAAAUGAGAAGGAAGUAUUUCCGAAUGUUAAUCUUUCUGAACCUCUGGCGUUAGAAUCAAAUCAAAUCAAGUGCUUGCACUGCGGGAGAAUAUGCAAAUCUCAAUCACAACUAAACCUGCAUAUGAGACUCCAUACAGGACACAGACCAUACAACUGCAUGGAAUGUGGAAAGGAUUUCAUUCGCCAAGAACACCUAAAAUUACAUCAAAGAACCCACACAGGUGAGAAACCAUACAAAUGCAUGGACUGUGGAAAGAGCUUCAGUCAGCGUGGACAUCUGAAUCUACACCAAAGGACCCACACAGGGGAGAAACCGUUUAAAUGUAUGGAAUGUGGAAAGAGCUUUAGUGACAGUGGAUCUUACAACAAACACCUCAUGAUUCACACAGGGGAGAAACCAUACAAAUGCAUGGAAUGUGGGAAAGAAUUCAGCCGGCAACAGCAUCUACAUUCCCAUCAAAGAACACACACUGGGGAGAAACCGUAUACAUGCAUCGAAUGCGGAAGGAGCUUCAGUGAUAGUGGUACGUAUAGUAAACAUCGAAGAAUUCACACAGGGCAGAAACCAUACAGAUGCAUCGAGUGUGGAAAGAGCUUCAGCGAGAGCGGACAUCUACGCUCACACCAGAGAACGCACACAGGGGAAAAGCCAUAUGAGUGCAUGAAAUGUGGAAAGACCUUUCGCCAAACCGGGCACUUACGGUUACAUGAAAGAAUACACACAGGGGAGAAGCCACAUCAAUGCAUGGAAUGUGGAAAGAACUUCAGUAGGAGUGGCCAUCUACAUGCGCAUCAAAGAGUUCACACAGGGGAGAAGCUACAUAAGUGCAUGGAAUGUGGGAAGAUGUUUGGUGAUAGUGGUGCAUGUGCGAAACAUCAAAUGAUCCACACAGGAGAGAAGCCAUACAAAUGCAUGGAAUGUGGAAAAAGCUUCAAUCAGAGUGGAAAUCUGGAUUCACAUCAAAGAACUCACAGAAACGAGAAAUUGUAUGAAUGCUUGGAAUGUGGGAAGAGAUUCAAUUGGAAAUAUGUUCUUACUUUACAUCGUAGAAUCCACACAGAGGAGAAGCCAUAUACAUGCGUGGAAUGCGGAAAGGACUUCCGACAGAGUGGACAGCUACACGUGCAUCGUAGAACCCACACAGGGGAGAAACCGUAUAAAUGCACGGAAUGUGGAAAGAGCUUCAGUCAAGGUGGAUACCUAAAAUCACAUCAAAGAACCCACACCGGGGAAAAACCAUAUGAAUGCUUAGAAUGUGGGAAGAGUUUUGCUUAUCCACAGAAUCUACAUGCGCAUAAAAGAACACACAAAGGGAAUAAUCCUAAUGGAAUGUGGAAUAAACUACUAUCAGAUUGGACAUCUACGUUCUUAUCAACCUACAGAAAGGAAAACACUCAUGAAUGACAGGAAUAUGGAAGGGGCUUCUCUUCUUUACAUAGUCUGUAAUCACAUCAAAA